AUGUAUUUCUUCUGGGUGACAGAAGGCCCUAUUGGUCAAUCAGGCCAAUUGAUCAACACCGCUGAAAGCCCAGACUUGGGGGUACUAUCGAGAAAGUUCAGCUACCACUUCAAGCGCUAUACUGGCAAGGCGUGGGCACGACGCUACACUGUUUUCCCAGAUGAACCACGAGUCAGGCGGUACGAGUUCGUAGAGCUCGACUACGGACAAAACUUACAUUUACCGGACCUACCCGACUAUACGGCUCUGCACUCGACUGCUCCGGACGAAAUCAAAGUCCUUCUGGACUUGGCGUUGUAUGGCAAAGUAUCAACCUGUAACGACCAAGCCCCAGACAACGGAACGUCAUGGUCACCAUACACGGCGCCUUUCAACCAGCUCAGUCGCUAUACAAUAUAUCUCGCCUUCCGGAUUUUGAAGAAGAUACAAAGCCUGCUGGAUAGCAGCGGCACUUCUCUGAGCUGGAAGGCUUUGCAGCGUCAUACAACUCGCUACAGAAAGCAAAUUCCGCUGUAUCAGGGUCACAGAAUCUUCACACCAGUGAUUUCAAGCUACAAGGCAUUGUACCUCGAGUUACGGCUUCUGUACUCGCUGUGGCCCAAUCAGCAGGAGAUUUCGCGGACCGUGCACGUUGUUACGGAGCGCGCGAUGGUGGACUGGCGGUUUCACGGUGCACUCGCACUGCCAUGGCACCAUGCUUAUAGUUCCUUGAGUCACGGUUUUAGACGCCUGGAAGAUCCUACAUCGACCGAAUACAGGGAACUUUGCCAGUAUUUAUUCGGCUCGAAUCAGCCCACUCACAAGAUGAGCUUCAAGAUCAAGGAUAUCUACCAAGUCUUUGUCAAAACCGGAGCGAGAAACGCAUAUGAUGACUGGAUUCAGAGUCGCGAGGACCGCGACACCGAGGAGCGCCUGCUUUUAUGGCACGGUACUAGGCUCUCUUCGCUGCAUGGCAUCUUGGAUGUGGGUCUGCAGAUCCGACGGCGUGGCGUCUUGUACACUGGCACCAUGUUUGGUGAGGAUAUCGCGGCCUCGCGUGGCCAAUACAGGUGCUUUCAAGGGCUUGGUAAAUCUCAGCCAGUGCGUUGGAAGAGUACCACCUGGGAUAUGCGAGCGGCACCUGCUGCCAAAGCAGGUGCUGUGCAGCUGCUUCCGCUGCGUAGAGCUUUCUGGUGA